AACAAGCCGUUGUUUCUACAAGUUGCCCCUGGCGACCGGUUUGGUUGCUGUCCAAGGUGCUAGUUUGCCACUACAACUCGCAAGAUAGUUUGAAGAUACUCGACCAAUUUUUGUUCGACUCUUGUAUUGCUGCGGUGAAAAUGGCUUGGGAACGAAAUCGUCUCCGAAUGCUCUGCAUGCUGUCCAUUACUUUUGCGUUAUUCAUUGUUGAGGUUGUUGUCAGCCGUAUGACUGCUUCCCUGUCAAUGCUGUCGUACUCUUUCCAUAUGCUGCCGGGUGUCAUUGCCCUGGUUGUGGCCCUGAUUGCUGUGCACUUCUCCGAGAAAACUCAAACAACGAGUCAAAAUACUUUCGGAUGGAUCAGAGCAGAAGUGAUGGGUGCUCUGGUCAACGCCGUAUUCCUAACUGCCAUGUGCUUUACCAUCAGUAUUGAGGCAGGCGAGCGGUUCACAGUGCCUCACGAGAUUGAAAGUCCCCGAGUGGUUAUUGGAGUUGGAGCUGCGGGACUUCUUGUAAACUUGCUCGGUCUUUUGUUGUUUCACGAACACGCAGGACACGGUCACUCGCAUGGUGGCUCUCAUGGAAUUAACACACUUCACAAAUCCGAGAGAGUAGGGAGAGAAUCCUUUGAAGAUGAAACCAGUAGGCCUAUCCUGUUUGAUUGCAGUCUGAAGACAGGGGAUCUCAGAGCAGGUCCAGGAGGAGAUCACGAAAUCCCCAAUAAGGACAACCUUGUGGUCCACAUGAAGGACAUCACCCUGGAGGAUUGGAACGAGAGCCAUCCUGACUCUGCUUCACAGCUCAACAUGCAGGGUGUCUUCCUCCACAUGCUGGGUGAUGCCCUCGGCUCUGUCAUUGUUGUGGUCAACGCUCUCACCUUCACCUAUGUGUGGAAGCCUUGCCAUGCUGGAGAGACCUGUGUCAACCCAUGCUACAACAGCCACGACUACACUGACCACCACCAACAACAUGUCAAUGUUACACUGAUCACCAUGCUUGGUAGUAGUACCCAGACUACAGUGCACCUCGCUGGCCCUUGCUGGGUGCUCUACCUCGACCCCACACUCUGCAUCAUUAUGGCGGCCUUCUUACUCUAUACCACCUUCCCUCUCCUGAAGGAGUCAGUCCUCAUCCUCCUGCAGACAGUUCCUAAACAGAUAGACAUGCCCCAGCUGCUGGGGAGGCUCAGGGGCCUGGAUGGUGUGUUGGCUGUCCACGACCUACACAUCUGGCAGCUGGCAGGGAGCAGGAUCAUUGCCACGGCACACAUCAAAUGCCUAGACCCAGCUUCCUACAUGGAUGUGGCCAUGCGAAUCAAAGGCCUCUUUCAUGAUGAGGGUAUCCAUGCCACAACAGUUCAACCAGAGUUUGUUACUGUUAACUUUGAAUCUAAUAUUUACGUCUGUGAGCUGUCCUGUGGGAAGCAGUGUGCCCCGAAGCUGUGCUGUGGAAACUUUGACAGAACAGGACUGGGAGGACAUGUUAGAGAAGAGGUUGUUUCUUAUCAGUAUCACUCAAUACAACACGCCAACCUCAAUACAACAGUCACCCUCUGCAGUGACCAUCAAGCUACUGUAACUGCCACGCAGAGCCCCAAGGCUGCCAUUUAUACAGAGGCAAAAUCCUCAGUGUCACAAUGAAUGUGAUUAUACAUUGGAAACGUGAAAUAUGUUGAGAGGUUCAAUUUAACUUUAUAUAGUAUACUGCCACAGCAGGAGGCAUCGUAAGUGAUACUCAUCCAACUACAUUCCUAGUGUCUGGAUAUUCUGCCUACUGUGUCUAAUGUGAAGCAGUUGGUGCAGACUGAGUGAACAAGUAGUAUUACAUUCUCUGUGUCGUGUCUGGACUAUCAUUAAAAGUGAAGACUGUUAUUUUAUCAAAUCAAUUCUCUGUGUAACUUAAUUACGUG